AAAUAUGAUUAGUUGAUGGCUUGAUUGCUUUACAGAGUAGCUUAGUCAAGAUAAUAAUGGUUUAGUAUUUACCAGCUUUACUGUAAUGUAACCUGUAAAUUCUAGUAGUAUCUGUUUAAGAAUACUUUGCAAGUGUAACUAGCUGAAGUUAUGUCAUGUUGCAGGUUUGGUCUAUUUUACUGGUGCUGGUAAGUUUGUUAUUGAGGUUCAUUGUGUAGUGUUGGUGAAGAAAGAGUUGGGAAGCGUCCUCUGAAACCUGACGUUGAUAAUGAUUGAACUUGGUGAUAAGUUUUAUGGUUUGAUAAAUUUGCCUUAUUCCAUGUUCACCCACAUAAUUAGAAUUUCCGCAUUAUGUUCGGUUAGUUCUUCUCUGUAUGAAUUAGUUUGAAGACGUUUAGCUUAGUUAGAUUCUUGUGAUUUGCAAUGGCAGUUUACGUUGUCAUGCUAUGUCCGAUGUCUUUAUCCAUUAUUUCUAGCAGAUGUUGGUUUUGUGCAUUGGUGAUACUGUGGCAAUACUGUCAGUUGCAAGUAUUUCAGAUAUUAUUGAAAUCUGUUUGAUCAAAUAUAAUCUCAACAGGGUCAAGCUUCCAUCAGGAGCCAAAAAGAUUGUUCCCAGUGGAUGUCGUGCCAUGAUUGGUCAGGUUGCUGGAGGAGGACGUACAGAGAAACCAAUGCUUAAAGCUGAUAAUGCUUACCACAAGUACCGUGUGAAGAGAAACUGCUGGCCUAAGGUCCGUGGUGCUGCAAGGAGGACUGCUCGUCUUCGUGGUCAAGCUGCUGCUGCUGCUACUGCUUCCAAAGCUGACAAGGCUUAAGCCAUUAACUUGUUACAUUUUAUCUUGUUAUUGUAUCCUGAUCAAUUUUGAGCGUUCAGUUAAGACCAUUUGGUAGGAAAGUUAUAACAUGUUCAAUUUUAUUGGGACGUUCAGUAAGUUAUGUUUUCAUGAUCCUUAUGUGGUGCAGUUUACUAUUUUCUUUUCUCAACAACAUACCCAGUGAAAUCUCACAAUGUGGGGGUCUGGAGAGGGUAAAGUGUACGCAGAUCUUAUUUUCAAAAGAGCCUCGGCUCAAGAGAAAACAUGAUGAAUGAAAGUGAAAUUAACGAAAGCGAAAAAGUAAUGAUAAAGCAGGAAAAAAAAAAAAGAGCGGUAGCAGGAAUCAAAGUUACUAUUUUCUUUUCUCGUGCGUUAAAUUAAAUUAUUGGACCUUGACAUGAGGGAAAAAUUGGAAGUUCUCCGAGGAGAUGGACUCUGUUGUCUGUGGACUUUGAAGUAAGGGAGAAAUUUGAAAUGCGGUCACACAUUUACUUGCUGAUUUGAAUUAGUUGGUGGUGAAGCUUAGAAAUAUUUACUGUUUGGCUUCUUGAGAAAUCAAAAUUCCUGCAUUAAUAAUACUUGCAUAACUUUAUUUAGCGAUUAUACGGCCCCUUAAAUGUUUCUUAUUUAUGUUAAAAGUGGACUAUCCAUUUAUUUAUUGUCUAAUGUGCAAGCGACGAAGGUUUCUUCAUCGGAGUAUUUAAGCAUAAACAAUAUUUUAGAUAAAAAGAAUUACGCAUGUUUAUUUUGGAUUCGUUGGUGAUAAUAUUGGAUAUCCACUCACUCUACAAAUUCUUAUCUUGCCCUUUUAUUAAAUUAAUUAUAUAGUUUUCUUGACUUUCUGUUGGCCGGCAAAGCUGAUAGGAGCAUAUAAUUGGAGAAAUGUUAUAUAGUACAAUUGUUUGUAAUUUUAAAAUUUAGAAGGCAUGCCUUGCGUGUGAAAUUUUAAAUUUAAUGAUUUAAUCCAUGAUUGACUGACCUUUUCUUUCUUAAAAUAUAAAUAUCACUUUAUUUUCCCUCUAUUUUAGCUCCCAUUUUGUUUCGGAAUAUGAUAUAACUCAUGUUUCAUAUAAUCAACCUGCAUUUAGUUUUUCUUUUCCUUUUUAUUUAAUAGCGGUGUUCAGGUCAACUUGGCCAUAUCUCGACUAUUUAUCGGAUAUUUUUUACCCCUCACUAGAACAAGCACCAGAAAUCACAACUUUUCUUUUUAGUUUGUUCAAAAGAGAAUAAUUAUUUUUAUAUUUACAAACAAUUUAAAUCUAAAGUUAUUACUUUGCUUCUAAUGGGAUGAUUCAUAGUCAUGUAUAUAGCUUAGUUCAAAUCGCAAAUUUCAAAUGUCUUUCAUUAAUUUUUCAAUCAUACCUAGUCAAAGUGCAUCACUAAAAUUGGGGUGGAGAAAAUACUAACCGAUUCUUCAAGAACUAAUUGUGUAGAUCUUUGCGUUAUCAAUGAAUAUAAAUAACACAAAACAAACAUAUAUAGUAUGUCAAACUCUAAUGGGUCGUUUGGUUGGUAGGAUAAGAAUAAUAAUUCCGAGAUAAUAUGUAUGAUUAUUUUAUCAUGCAUCUGGUUAUAAGUAUUAAUUAAUCUCAAAAUUAUUUUAUCCCGAUAUUUGUACUAAAAUGGUGGUGGGAUAGCUACCCACAUGGCAUAUCCUUGUCUAUCCGUCCCACUAACCAAACGACCCGUAAUAAGUCUCAUCCUCUCCCCUUUUUUUUAAGGUAAUGAUAUCCUACGAUCAGUUAUUUUUUAAAUCGAAGAAAACAAUCCUACAAAAAGUUUAUGUGUUUUAUUUAGCGAUAUCUUAUAUUAUUUUUUAUCUCCUAAGGAAGAAACUGUAUAGCUAAACAA